AUGACUGGUGAAGCUCAAGCGAUCGUAGUUCCGAAAGUGGUUCGAUUUACCUUGCCUAGUUUUACCCCCAGUGACCCUAAAACGUGGUUCGCAGCGGUUGAGCAUAUUUUCACCGCAAACGAGAUCGAAGAUGAAGCAGCAAAAUUUUCGAACCUGCUCCAGCACCUCGAGUCAGACCAACUUUCCUACAUCUGCGAUGUGAUCAGCAGUAAAACUGAUAAAAAAAAGUUCUCUUCAGCUCGUGAUAAGUUAACUUCCGUCUAUGGUCAAUCCAGGUCUCAAGAAAUCUCGAAACUUUUACAAGAUACACACGUCGAAGAAGGUCUAAAACCGAGUAUCGUCCUUGGCAAGCUUCGUACCUUGGCAGGUGAGAAUUUCGAUAAAGACUUAUUGAAGAGUAUUUGGUUAAAAAAGUUGCCAAAACGUACUCGCGAGUUUUUGGCUGUAAGUGAGGCAGGUAUUGACGAGCAAGCCAAGCUCGCCGAUCGUUUAUUCGAGACAUACGAAUCCAACGGGUUUUCCACUGCCUCGGUUCAAUCUGCGAACGUACUUGCUACGCAACAAGCAUCGAGUGCCGCCCCUCCCCCCGCCAAUACGACAGCUUCUAAUGCUACGAACGAGUUGCUGUUAUCUAUGCUACAAAACUUGCAGGCGCAACCGCAGCCCCACACCUCAUCGUCCGCGUGCCCGUUCGUAUGA